CACACACACCAAUACGGCCUGCCUGCAUAUAAACACUGCCUGAAGCCAGCAGGACUGCACAGGAGCGCCGCAGUCGAAGCUGAAACACAGAGAAGACGCAGUCAUGCUGAUGGUGGUGAGAGUUUUUCUCCUGCUGGGUUUCGCCUCGGUGCUUCUUGCUGCUGGUAAAAAACGUCUGAUCUCGCUGGAGCAGAAGGUCAGGCCGAAGGGAAGGAAUGUGAAACUGGCUCUGGAUCCAUCUGCGUAUUCCUACCUCUCCAUCAGGUCGGACUCAAGCAUUGCCAACUUGUCUCUGUCACCGUGGACCUACAUAGACUCUGUAAACCCGCAUCGUUUCCCGGAGAGGAUCUUACAAGCCAACUGCAGCACGUCCGGCUGUCUGAACCUUUACAGGGGAGAUGAGGAUUUAUCUCUGGAGGCCAAACCCAUUAAAUAUCAGGUCCUGGUUCUGUACAGAACCCUGAAGGAAAAAAAGAACAAGAAACCAGGGAAGAAGGCAAAGAAGAAGUAUGUCUUUAAGCUGGGGACGGAAGAGAUCACGGUCGGCUGUACUUGCGUGAGACCCAAUGUGAUACCACAGGAGUAACAACACGUCCAACAGAUGCUCUGGUGACACGUAUCGACCAUAUCAUCUACUGUCUGUUUGGUUUGGUUGACACAGAUACAGGAGAGAACAGAUACUGUAUCUGCUUUCAACUGUAUUUAUUGCUGUAGAUAAAAUAAGAUUUUUUUUGACAACUGUGACUUGUGUUUUUCACUUUCCAACACACUUGGUGUCCUUAAUAUCUUCAUGUAAGCCACUUUAUUAGGAUUCCCAAGCUUAAUUAUAACCAGAGGUCUGUUGUCCUUAUUGUGAGAUUUUAGCAGGUUAAGCUAAGAGAGAUGAAUUAUGAUUAUAUAUGAUGACAUUUUAUUGUGUUCCACCAGAACUUUCUCUCAUUUUAAACUUGUUAGAUUGCUCUUAGUGCCCAAAUAUAUAUAAAAACAUGUUUUUAAAGUCCAUUGCUGAUUUUUACAAUUGUCUCUUCAUGCCAUGUAUUCUGAUGUAGCUAUAAUUUAUAAAAAUUCAGAAAGAUCUCCCUGUUUUAUUAAGUAAUAUGUCUCCUAUGAUAAAUCCCCUGCUUGUAUUUUGAUGACAGGUUUUAUAUUAACAGGGCUCAACUCUUCUUUUCCCAUACUGUCUCUUUUUUUUUCACCCCUAAAAAUCUCCUGACCAACUGGACAUAAAGUUUAAAACACUGUCUACUCCCAAAAGGUCAAAUAGUUAUUAUCUGAAUUAUUUAGAAAACAGGUCAUGCUGCUUUGCUGUUGGAGCAGCUUAAAACAUUCAGCCUGCUGAGGGUGAGCAAAUCUUCAUUAGUGCAGACUGAGCAUCUACAUAGCGUUGCAUGAGAUAAAGUUUUUAUAGGCUCUUAACUAAAUAUUCUAAAUACCACAUAUAUGUGACUUGUAUGUAGUUUUGCAGAAACAACAACAAAACAUUAACUGAUUGUCUUUCUUCAGAUCAAGCAGCAAACCAGGCUUGCUUUAAAGGAUCUUCUGUUAAAAUGGGGUUUUGUACAGAUAUAAAAUAUAUCAAGUAAGAAGCGUAUGUUUAUUGUAUAUAAAGAGAACCUGGUAGGUUCGAUUCAAUAUAUGCACUCUAGGUUUCUCAGUCAGGACCUCCUCCUAUCAAACCAGUUUUAGGAAGGGAAGGACAUUUAGCAGAACUUUGAGCUGAUUGGAAGAAGAAGGUCAAAAUGGGACAAGAUGGUUUACUAUGUGCUUGUAAAACACAAAAUAUGGUAAAAAUGUAGCUGACAGGCAAGAUUAGAGCUCUAACCCCUUAAGACGAAUUCCAUGAUUGCCUGAACUGCCUUUAACAUGGAUAUGAGACACCUCAUGCAGAAUUUAGCAGAACAGGACAGCUUUGCCGAUUCGAUAAUUUCCUCCAUGUCAUCUUUUAGAUGCGCGUCUGAUGUUGUAAUUGUUUGUCACUCUUGAUCUUAAGAUAAACUAGAAAAACACCUGGAGAGAGCAGACGUUCACCAUGUAGCUCAUUUUCCUCUACAUAUAAUGACACCUUAAGUUAAUACUUGUAUUGACAGGAUCCUUCAAAAAGUUCCAUCAUCAACAAAUAACGGGUUGUUCCUUGGACUGAGGCGAACCUUUGGUAGAAAUGUUACUAUAACCCGUUUAUAAUUUUUCAAAUUAUCCUGUAUACAGACAGACAAACUCUCCUAAAAACAUAACCUCCUCAGUGGAGGUACAUCCUAAAAAAGUUAAAGCAAAUCCAUUCAUUCUGAAGAACAAAUUAAAGCUGUGUAAAAAUCAGCAAAAUACAUUUACAGAAAUGUUAUUUUUUUGGCUGUAUUAUUUUUGCUUUAUCUGUUUGGGUUUCUUUGCCUGGGUGGGUUUAUGUAUUUAUUUUCCCAGUUCACUCUAGUUUUCAUUUUUUGGUAAAUGUGAACCAACAUGGUCUUUCUUUCUAAUACGUUUAGUGGUAAUUAACCACCUGAUACCAUUUUGAUGAAAUAUUCACUAUGUGUAAAUAUCAAAUACCACU